AUGAACUUCGAUGACAUUCUCUGUCUCAUUGGAGGCUUCGGGAAGUUCCAGAAGAUCUUGUUUGUGUGGAUCUGUCUGCCUCAGAUCUUUCUGGCGUUCCACAUGUUGGUCUCCGUCUUCACUGGGGCCGUCCCCCCGCAUUUAUGCCGCUACUCGUGGCCCUCGGCGGGGACUCCGGCCUCUUCGAACUUCAACUUCAGCCAUCUGGUCGCCCUUGAUGGCCGGCAUGAGCUGUCCUGCGCGGCUCCCUUGAACCACAGCGGUGCUGUAGCUCUUGGCAAUGGACACCCUACUGGGAGCUGCCAGGGGGGCUGGGAGUACAGCACAGAGACCUUCCAAAGCACCACAGUAACUGAGUGGGACCUGGUUUGUGAUAAUGCAAGCCUGAACAACAUGGGCUCCUCCAUAUACAUGUUUGGCCUUCUCGUAGGAGCUGUUGUUUUUGGGAGCUUAGCCGAUAAGUAUGGUCGCAGGAUCAUCAUUCUCGUCAACCUGGCUAUCCAGGCUGUCUUUGGGGUUGGGGCUGCUUUUGCCCCUAAUGUCUACGUCUACAUUGCCCUUCGCUUUGUGGUUGGAACAUCCGUCUCUGGUGUCAUCAUGAAUGCCUUUGUCCUCGGCACAGAAUGGACGGGAUCUAAGCAGCGGAUGUUGGCAGGUAUAAUCACUGACUACUUCUUCGGCUUUGGCUACAUUCUUCUGGCUGGAGUGGCGUACCUCAUAAGAGACUGGCGUAAACUGCAGCUGGCUAUCUCAGCACCCGGUUUCCUCUUCAUCUUUUACAUCUGGGUGUUGCCAAAAUCAGCUCGCUGGUUAAUGGCCAAUGACAGAAAAGAGGAAGCAUGGGAACUGAUCCGGAAAGCGGCGCAGAUGAAUGGGAGGCCCCUCAGAAAAGAUUUGAAUCUGUGGCAGGACCAUGACGUUGAAGAGAAAACGGGGAUAAAGAAAAAACACUCCUUCCUAGACCUCGUUCGAACCCCCAAAAUGAGGAAGCAUUCUUUGAUUGUUUUUUAUCUCUGGUUCACCAACAUAUUUGUGUACUACGGCCUGUCCCUUAACAUUUCUGACUUUGGAAUGAACAUCUACCUGACCCAGAUGAUCUUUGGCCUGGUGGAGAUGCCGGCGCGCACCAUCACCCUGUUCACCCUGAACCGCUCACGCAAGCUCUCCCAGCUAGCUUUCCUGGCCGUGGGCGGCAUGGCCUGCCUGCUGACCAUCUUCAUCCCCAGUGAGCUGUCCGUCGUCAAAACGGUGCUGGCCAUGAUCGGGAAGUUUGGCAUCACGGCGUCCCUCUCCAUCAUUUACGUCUACUCAGCAGAGGUGUUCCCCACCGUUAUCAGACAGAACGGGAUCGGCAUGGGCUCCAUGUGUGCUCGGGUCGGAGGGGUUCUGGCUCCCAUGAUGUACCUCCUGAAGGGCAUCAGUCCGCAGGCCCCCAUGGUUCUGUACGGGCUCUGCCCUCUGCUGGGCUCCGCCCUGACCCUGCUGCUGCCCGAGACAGCCAAUAAGCCGCUGCCUGACACCAUCGAAGACGUGGAGGGAUCCGAGCUCAGCGAGGAGGGUGACGGUCGUCUUUGAGACCUCUCGGAGGAAAGCGGAUAUCUGGAGUGGACUGAUGAAAAACAGCAUCCCGCCAGACAGUCAGUAUUUUUCAAGAUUGUU